GAAGUGUGAGUCGUGAUUAAAGCUAAUUUUCCAUUGCUUCGACUUCUGUAUCUAAACAAGACUUUCUGUCGCAUCACUGGUGUCUAUAGCUAUCCUCCAUAUAUCAUAACGCCUGGACUUGGCUGAUUCGGUGAGUUAUAAAUCGAUAAAUGUAGCGCACGGUAGACCUUUAGCUAACCUAGCUUACGUACAGCGGUGAAAACCCACCGUUAGCUAGCUUUUCAAUAGCCGAAGCUAUGAGAUGUUACGCUAGCCACCAGUAACACUGGCCAUAACUUUAACCAUGUGAUCUGUUUUAACACGGAUUAGUUUAAAAGUCAAGUUUACAAAUGUACAGUUCAGCUAAACCUCGUUGACGUGACAUCUAAGAUAAAGUUAAGAUAAUUGACAGAGAACCCACUAACGUACUGCAGCUUAAGCUAGCUAUGUCGCUAGUUGAGAACUUAACGUCAACUGAUUCACGUUAAAACUGCCAUUACGCUUUAAUACGAUUGUGACAGCUGAAGAACCAGCGCAGAUUUACCUUGCUGCUUUGGGAGGGCCCCUGCGAUGCAGAGUGCUAACCUCGUAUUACGUUACGUUACUGUAAUGUUGUUAAAUGUCAACCUGCGUUAGAUGAGCCGACAUUGUAGCACAACAACUCAAACAGUGGCAUUCACACGAAUCCUAAAAAUACGACUAGACUAUAAAAAAAAUAAUUUGCACAUAACCCUUUAUAAAUAGCGUAGCCACACUUGCAGCAGUAACCUCAUAUUCUCCGGUGUGCGUGAGAGUGCUCUUGCGUGUGACCGCAGGAAGCGCAGCUAUGUGCAGCUGCGUGCGGAGCUCCAGGGCUCUGUCCCCGGCUCUGUCCCCGGCUCUGCUCCCCAGGCUGCUGCUGCUGCCGCCUCCGACCGGCUACAGGUCGGCGGGCCGGCGGCUCUCCACCUCCCCGCACUGCGCGGCUGUGGCCAGCGGAGACACGCAGCCGCUCCCGCUGCCCGCCCAGGCCCGCGUGGUGAUCUGCGGGGGAGGUAUCGUGGGCUCGUCCGUAGCCUUCCACCUCGCCAAACUGGGCUGGGCCGAUGUGGUGCUGCUGGAGCAGGGCAGGCUCGGUGCAGGAACGACCCGGCUGUGUGCUGGCAUUGUCAGCGUUGCCAAGCCUAUUUCCAUCGAGUGUCAAAUGGCAAACUACUCCAAUAGUCUUUAUCAGGGCCUGGAGGAGGAGACUGGAGUCAAAACAGGUUACGUGAAGACGGGGUCUCUUUGUUUGGCUCAAAAUCAAGAUCGCUUCCUGUCUCUGAAGCGCUUGGCAUCCCGACUGAAGGUCAUGGGGAUCAGCUGUAACAUCAUUAAGCCCAAGGAGGUGGCCAAACUCCACCCUCUUGUUAACAUUCAUGACCUGGUGGGGGCACUCCACCUCCCAGCAGACGCCGUGGUGUCUUCACCUGAUGUGAACCAUGCCCUGGCUGUGGCUGCUGCUGGACAUGGGGUUCAGAUCCUGGAUAGAACCACAGUCCAGCAGGUCCUGAUAGAGAAGGGUCAUGUGAUGGCGGUGGAGACCGAUCGAGGCUCCAUCGAGUGUGAAUAUUUUGUCAACUGUGCUGGACAGUGGGCUUACGAGCUGGGCCAGGGGAGUGAGACCAAGGUGUCGGUUCCUCUUCACGGCUGUGAACACUUUUACCUCCUCACCAAACCGCUCCAGGACCCCCUUUCACCCAACACGCCAGUUGUGAUCGAUAUGGACGGCAGGAUGUACGCACGGCCGUGGCAGGGCGGCCUUCUGUCGGGGGGCUUUGAGAAGAACCCCAAACCCAUCUUCACCGAGGGCCGCAACCAGCUGGAGAUCCAAAACAUGCAGGAGGACUGGGACCACUUUGAGCCGAUGCUUAGUGCCCUGCUGAGGAGGAUGCCCAGUGUUGAAUCGGCUGAGAUCCAUCAGCUGGUCAACUGUCCGGAGUCCUUCACCCCCGAUAUGCGCUGCCUGAUGGGAGAGAUUCCCAGUGUGGCUGGAUACUUUGUGCUGGCUGGGAUGAAUUCGUCUGGUCUGGCCUUUGCUGGAGGAGCUGGCAAGUACCUGGCAGAGUGGAUGACCUACGGCUACCCCACCGCCAAUGUGUGGCCACUGGACAUCAAGCGCUUCGGCAACCUGCAGAGCAGCCGAACCUUCCUGCGACACAGAGUGAUGGAGGUCAUGCCCCUGCUGUACGAACUCAAGGUUCCGCGCUGGGACUUCCAGACUGGCCGCCAGCUGCGGACCAGCCCUCUGUACGACCGCCUGGACACCCAGGGAGCUCGCUGGAUGGAAAAACACGGUUUUGAAAGGCCCAAAUACUUUGUUCCUCAUGGAAAAGAUUUGCUGUCUUUGGACCAAAGCAAGACUUUCUACAAGCCGGAUUGGUUUGACAUCGUUGGAGCAGAAGUGAAAUGCUGCAAAGAGGCCGUGUGUGUCAUCGACAUGUCCUCCUUCACCAAGUUUGAGCUGAGUUCAUCGAAUGGCCAGGCGCUGGAGCUGCUGCAGCAUCUGUGUGCCAACGACCUGGAUGUCCCCGUUGGACAUAUCGUCCACACCGGCAUGCUGAAUGAGAGGGGAGGUUACGAGAAUGACUGCAGCGUCGCCCGCGUCAGCAAGAACAGCUACUUUAUCGUCUCUCCGACGGACCAGCAAGUCCACUGUUGGUCCUGGAUGAAGAAACACAUGCCCAAUGACCCACACCUCCACCUAGAGGAUGUCAGCUGGAAGUACACUGCUUUAAAUCUGAUUGGACCACGUGCAAUGGAUGUUCUGGCUGAGCUGUCCUAUGUUUCCAUGACACCUGACCAUUUUCCCUCCAUGUUCUGUAAGGAGAUGAGCGUCGGCUAUGCCAAUGGGAUCCGAGUGAUGAGUAUGACCCACACUGGAGAGCCAGGCUUCAUGCUCUACAUACCCAUCGAGUACGCACUGCACGUGUACAACGAGGUCAUGUCGGUGGGUCAGAAGUACGGGAUCCGCAACGCAGGGUACUACGCGCUGCGCAGCCUGCGCAUCGAGAAGUUCUUUGCCUUCUGGGGUCAGGACCUGGACGCCUUCACCACCCCGCUGGAGUGCGGACGAGAGUUUAGGGUGAAAUUUGACACGGACACGGAGUUCCUCGGCCGCGAUGCGCUGCUGCAGCAGCGCCAGGACGGCGUGUCCCGGCGAUUCGUCAUGCUGGUCCUGGAGGACCACGACACGGAGCUGGACCUGUGGCCGUGGUGGGGCGAGCCCAUCUACCGCAACGGCCUGCUGGCCGGGACCACCACCAGCAGCGCCUACAGCUACACCCUGGAGCGCCACGUCUGCCUCGGCUUCGUGUCGCCGCCGCCGGGCCCCGAGGGGCUGCCCACGGCCAUCACCCCGGACUUCAUCAACCGCGGCGACUAUGAGGUGGACAUCGCCGGCCAGCGCUACCCGGCCAAAGCCAAACUCUACCCCUUCAGCUCGCUCUUCACCCAGCAAAAGCGCCGCAAGGAGGACAUGGAGUUCAGCAACCUCCAGGGGAAGUGAUGACGCAGGGCGGUGGCGGGCCUGACGUCCCUCCUAGGCUGCUAGGCUGUUGUUCGGGAGGGGGGGGGGGGGG